UCGGGGUCCAGUUAAAAGGGAGCCGGCUAUAAAAUAACUGACCAGCACUGCCGCCGACAUCAGUAGUAUAACUCCGCUCGAACAUGAAGGUCCUGGCUCUAUUUCUUCUCGUGGUAGCGAUAGUUUUGGCAGAGGACAAGUAUACGACAAAGUACGACAAUGUUGACUUGGACACGAUUUUGGCGAGCGACCGUUUGCUCAAAAACUAUGUAAAUUGCCUACUAGAGAAGGGAAGUUGCACGCCCGAUGGCAAAGAGCUUAAAGAAACUCUUCCGGACGCACUGUCGACCGAGUGUAGUAAAUGCAGCGAGAAGCAAAAGAAGGGUACCGAGAAGGUCGUCCGGUAUCUAGUCAACAAGAAACCGGAAACUUGGGAGCAACUUAAGAAGAAGUACGAUCCCAGUGGCCAAUACACUACCAAAUAUAUAGACGAAGCACACAAGCAGGGAAUAAAUGUGUGAAUAAUUUAGAUUCUCAUCUCGCCGAGUAGAACGUC